ACUAUAACACGAGGGUGUGUGCCCAGGCGGGCAGUGUCUGAGCCGGUCCUGUCCACAGGGAGCGCCAGCCCUUUCUCCUGACUCGGCCGCAGGAAUCCCCCGGCACCAUGUCAGACGAGGAAGUUGAACAGGUCGAGGCAGAGCAGUGCGAGGAGGAAGAGGAGGCUGUGGAGGAAGAAGUCCAUGAGGAAGAGGAAGUCCAGGAAGAGGAGAAGCCGAGACCCAAACUCACUGCUCCUAAGAUCCCGGAAGGGGAGAAAGUAGACUUCGAUGACAUCCAGAAGAAGCGCCAGAACAAGGACCUCAUGGAGCUGCAGGCCCUCAUCGACAGCCACUUCGAGGCGCGGAAGAAGGAGGAGGAGGAGCUGAUCGCGCUGAAGGAGAGGAUCGAGAAGCGCCGUGCAGAGAGGGCCGAGCAGCAGCGGAUCCGCGCGGAGAAGGAGCGGGAGCGUCAGAACAGACUGGCGGAGGAGAAAGCCCGGAGGGAGGAGGAGGACGCCAAGAGGAGAGCGGAGGACGACCUGAAGAAGAAGAAGGCCCUGUCCUCCAUGGGCGCCACCUACAGCAGCUACCUGGCCAAGGCCGAUCAGAAGAGAGGCAAGAAGCAGACGGCCCGGGAGAUGAAGAAGAAGGUUCUGGCUGAGAGACGCAAGCCGCUCAACAUCGACCACCUCAGCGAGGACAAGCUGAGGGACAAGGCCAAGGAGCUGUGGGAAACUCUGUACCAACUGGAGACCGACAAGUACGAGUUUGCCGAGAAGCUGAAGCGCCAGAAAUACGACAUCAUGACUGUCCGGGCCAGGGUGGAGAUGCUGGCCAAGUUCAGCAAGAAGGCUGGGGCCACGGCCAAGGGCAAGGUCGGCGGGCGCUGGAAGUAGAGCAGCCAGAGAGGCCCCCCGAAGCAGAGACCAUGCGCCGGUGCAGCUGCCACGCUGGCAUCUGGUCCUCCGGUCUGGGGGUGCAGGGCCCACUCCCGAGCAACCCCCAUGUCUCUGUGCGCACCCGCCCCACCCCCCGGGGUCUGUGAAUAAAGCUGUCGGACCCCCCUCCA